AAUCUCCCGCGCUUGCGCAUAUCUGACAAUCUCAUGCAGGUGUUCCUAUGGGUUAUGCGCGAAGCAGGUGCAGCGCAGGUUCCAUCAUUCGAUGCCUUUCGAAAGCUUCAAGAUAAACUGCGCAAGGAAUCUGGUAUCAAAACUGUCAAGUGCCAAUCACCUCUUGGCAACAACUUCUAUAUGAACGAUAUCGGCGCAAUAAUUGCGAAGGACUAUUCUAACCCAUUGACUCGGCCACUCAUGGUUCAUUACCCCCACGAAACCAGUGGGCCCAUAUCAGAAGUUUGGCAUGGCAAGAAGCUGUUAAAGGAAACGCCUCUAGAGCAUCUCUGCCCGCAUUACUUGGAUGACUCCGGAAAUUAUUACUACGUGAAUGAGAUAGCAAUGGUACGCAGUGGCAACUUCGUAAUCCCGAGACGUUGGAAGCUU